UUUUUGUUAAGAAAAAUGUCUGUCCAGUCAUCAAUACCAUUGGCCUUGGAGAAUUCUGUAGGCCAAUCAACAGUCUCUAGGUCAGCUGUGAACUUCCUUACUGAGGCCUCGUCAUGGAGUCUAAAUGAGACUUUGUUGUAUUCAAGUGGCGGUUUACUAAUGUUUGUCAGGAGGAAGCGAUUGCUGGGCCAGGAGCUGUACCAACUGUUCCCACGUCUGCCUCUAUCUCUCAGUCACCGCUGUGAUUACUGUGCCAGGAGCUGUGCCAGGAGCUGUGCCAACUGUGUCCACGUCUGCCUCUGCUUGUUGUGUGAGCCACCACGAGCCAUGGCUUCUCUCCUGGGUAAAGUUGACGAUGUAGACAUUGACAGUGGCACCUUCAAGUACAUCCUCAUUAAGGUGCACCACUCACCUCCGGAAGGUACAGAAACCUCCAAGUUUAUUACCCGAGGGUACCGCUCUGCUAGUUUCCACUCUGAUGUAUAUGAUCAAGUUGUCCCAGGAAUUGAGAAGCUGGGACUGGACUGUGAGUGUGUAGGUGGAGGUCGAAUCCAACACAAUCCAGACACCAAAACCAUCGAAGUUUAUGGCUAUUCUCAAGGCUAUGGUAAAGCAGACCACAGCAUUACUGUGGGUUUACUCAAGGCAAAGUAUCCUGACUAUAACAAAAUUACGUUCUCCAACGACGGAUAUUAAGAAGUUUUAAUUGAUUAUGGACAGAAUAAUGGAUUAAAUUGACAGGAUGUAUUGAGCUAGCAAAAUAUCCUGGAAGAAGUGUACUAUUCUUCAGGCCUAUAUAAAAACAUUAGUGGUAAAUUUUAUAAGUUAAAUACAAUAUCAAAUAUUCUCAUCUAAACUUUCUUGCACUACAUCACUUGGAAGUUCAUUAAUAUUCAGUACUGUUACAUUGGUUGCCCAAAAUUCUGGAUAUAUGAAAUACUUUGUUGUAUUUUUAUAUAAAAAAAGCAUAAUGCUGUAAUACUGCGUCAGUAAUGCAACACCUCACCCAAAGAUAAUUUAUUUGCGUCUGUCUUUCAUGUACGUACUAUAAUCUGUUAUGAUGAAUAAAAAAUGAUCAUCUAG